AUGGCAGAGACAGUCACAGCGGAAACGUUGCGCAGCCACUGGACAAAUCUCACUAUCAAGUCCGAAGCUUUUGACAAAUGCUAUAAGCACCCAGUCAAUUAUCUUCUCAAGGAGAAUUAUGAGAGGGUGUUGUACUGUUUUGAAUGUGAAAGGAUCGAGUUCCAUGAUGAAAAGGGAAAGGUGAUCUGGUCUACAGUUGGAUCGGGCAUAAUGGAUCCUUUUCCGGUUGAUGUUCAGGUUUUCAUAGUCAAUGGCAAGAUUCGAUUAAAGGAUAAGAUUUGA